AUGGAUGAAAAUGAUAUCAUAAUUUCUUCUACAGAGAUAAUUAAAGAUAGAUUAUAUUUCGCAACACUCAAAACUGGUUACAAACCAAAGCCUACGCGCAAUAGUAAAUACUUCCACAUUGAAGAUGAGAUUGUAUAUGAAAACUUCUACUAUGAUUUUGGACCUUAUCAUCUGUGCCAUUUGUAUCAAUUUUGCAACAAGCUUAAUGAAGAAUUGGAGAAGAAUCCGAAGAAAAAGAUCGUCUUCUACACCAGCAAUAGUGAAACUCUUAGGCUUAACGCGGCCUAUCUUAUUGGGAGUUAUCAGAUAAUAUAUCUGGGCUCCUCCCCUGGUACGGUCUACAAGCAGCUAACAGAAGGCACAUGGUCCUUAUUAAAUUUCCGUGAUGCGUCUGGCGGACCAGCGCUCUUCGAUAUAUCGCUUCUAGAUGUGCUGCAGGGCAUCAAAGUGGCUCAUGAUGCGAAAUUCUUUGACUUCGAGCACUUUGAUACGGAACAGUAUUUGUUUUAUGAGAAAGUAGAAAACGGUGAUCUCAACUGGAUAAUACCCGGGAAAAUGCUGGCGUUUUCCGGUCCCCACCAUCGCUCGCGUUUGGAUCGGGGUUACCCCCUACAUAGCCCGGAACACUACCACGAAUAUUUCAAGAAGCACCACGUGACCACCAUCGUCCGGCUAAACAAAAAAUCAUAUGAUGCAAGGCAGUUUACGGCGUAUGGGUUUGAGCAUAGGGAAUUGUUUUUUGUGGACGGUUCGGUGCCUUCGGAUCUGAUAGUCAACAGGUUUAUAAGGAUCUCUGAGGUGGCGAAGGGCGCUGUUGCUGUACAUUGUAAAGCUGGUCUUGGCCGUACAGGAACUCUGAUAGCAUGCUACAUGAUGAAGCACCAUGCCUUCACAGCUCGAGAGGCUAUCGCCUGGCUGCGGAUCUGCAGACCUGGAUCUGUUAUUGGACACCAGCAGUGGUUCCUUGAGAACAUUCAACCUCGGAUGCAUGCAGAAGGAGAUGCACACCGUCGAAGGCACAACAUCACGUGCCUACCUGUGUUUGCACGAGGGAUAUACAGCGACUUGGCCCCGGAGCCGGUGCCAAUACAAGACAAACCAGUUUCGUUGCAGACCAUAUUACACGCCAAAAACGCUAAUACCAAUAAGCUGGACAAUGCCAAUGCACUUAACGGAAACGAGACAGAUCGAGAAAACAAUAUAACGCCAGUCAUUGGCAAGUACAAGACUACCGCCUCUCCGAUGUUACCUGUGAAAGUGUUCACACCAAAAAUGAACUAUAUGCUACCCACAAACAAUGUAAAGAACGCCAAUAACACCAACCUCAAACCACAGCCGAGAUUAAUAAACUCAACGAUUAAAUCUCACUACGCGGCCAAAACAUCCACUUUCCCCCCUACGAGAGGUGCCAACUCCCAAGCCAAAUUAACUGGGGUCAAAGCUCAAUUUACGGGCAAAAACAGCUUCCACGGCCGUGCCAAUCUUGCGCGACCGGCAAACUACACUCACGGCGCAAGCCCCAUCAAGACAUUUACCAGAAAAGCCAUGAGUGUCACAAAAAUGACGUCAAGCGAUACAAACGCCGUCACAACCGUCAGCAAUGUUACCACAACUUUGACAACGCUGACAGAAAAUUGUCAUUUGAAUGGCAAAAACCGUCUUCCAUCAGAGCCGAAUCUCAAAGCUACACCAAAAACUCCCGUAAUAAACAGUGCCAGGAAGAAAAUGAUUGUUCGAUCAAAUUCCAGUUCUCGUAAAAAGCUUCCUAAAAGUGUCCCCAAAAGCAAUCUCGAAGCGAGCCAAGAGCUAUCAUCGAGCGAUACCAAUAUAACCAACAUCUCUGUCGAUUCCCUGGACACACCCUUCAGGUUCAGACGAAAACGGGAUAAAUCUAAAAGUCCCGAACCGAUGGACACCUUAUCUAACUCAGUUAUAACGGCUGAUGUGACUCCAGAAAACUACGAGGAGACAAAUAAUUCUCAAGGGAAUAAGUUGUAUAAAAUUAAGGCAUUACGAAAAAAAUGUCCCGCAUUCGGUGUGAGCUUACUGAAGAAAGAGGGUGUCCAAACCAGAUCGAGUAGUUGCGCUAGCGGUUCAACCGUUAAGAAGAAAUGA